AUGAGCACCCAAAUCGGGGCGAUCAACACGCUGAAUGAGUUCAUCGCAAAGAUAUUUAAACAGCCGAAAGGAGAUCUUGCUGAUCGUCUAAAUACUCGUCUCACCGUUGCGAUUCUUUCACUAGCCGCCGUUUUAUUGUUAUCGGGUCAAUUUUUUGGUGAUGCGAUCACUUGUUGGUUACCGCAUCAAUUCACGAAAGAUUGGAUAGCUUUCGUGAAUCAAUAUUGUUUCGUGCAUGGAACCUAUUUUGUGCCGUUGGAUCAAGAAUUGAGUCAUGACGAGAACGAGAGGAGAAAACAACCGAUCACAUAUUACCAAUGGGUUCCCUAUAUUUUGGCGGGUCAAGCUUUUCUCUUUUACAUGCCGCGAUUCAUUUGGAAAUCGCUAUGCGCUCGUUCGGGAUACGAUCUCGCUGGCUCAAUCAGAUAUGUGGAUGAUUUUUGGACGGUUGUAAAAGCGGCUGAUGGAUCUUUUAGAGAUCGCCUAAGCCAUUUCGAGGGUCGUCCAGCCGUUUACGUGUGGGAUGCAUUGAGACUUGCGCGCAAGAAAGGAUCACAUUUAAUCCCGCUAUACUAUGCGAUUGGAGCCGCACUUCAAGCAGCCAAUGCCUGGAUACAGUUCUACUUGAUCAAUAUGGUCAUUUCGACGGAGAACACUUUCUGGGGUCCGAGCGUUUUGAUGGACAUUGUAUCGGGGAAUGAUUGGCAGAGCACCGGUCAUUUCCCCCGGAUUACCCAUUGUGAUUUCAACCGAAGACGACCCGCUUCUGUACAGUUGGACACAGUGUUGUGUGUUCUGUCGAUGAAUAUCUACUACGAGAAAAUCUUUCUCUUUUUAUGGUUUUGGAUACUUUUCGUUUCUGUGGUUUCGACGAUUAAUGCUUUUUAUUGGAUUUAUAUUUGUGCAGCGCCAUACAGGGCUCAAUCUACAAUCAACAGUUAUUUGGAAACCGAUCCACAGUUGAAGUCGAGAGAUUCAAUUGUCGAUUUUUACAAUCGUCUCGGCUCCGACGGACUUUUCGUUCUCCAUCAAAUGGCCGUCAAUUUGGGCGAUUUGCCCACAAGCUAUUUGGCGAUAUCGAUGCGAGCGAUUUCUAACCGAUACGAAGAGGAGGAUAAAGAAAGGGGAAAGAUGAAAUGGGAGAAAACGCAUCUCAUUCAAACGAAAGCU